AUGCCGCCAACGCCGUGGGCCACGCCCGACCAAAUCGAGUUCAUGUCUACUUGGUUACCACAGUUCCAGGAUGCUCAGCGUAAUAAAAAUAUAGCCGAUUUCUGGGUGAAGUUAUAUGCCAAAUUCUUCUUAAGGUGGAAAGGGCCUGAAGAUGAAGUUCAACCCGAUUUGGUUCAGCUAAAGAAACGUAAAAAAGACAACAGAAAGUUACCUCAAACAUCGACGCCUAUUGAGUUAGAUCAUGCUGCAUGGAUUAAGCUACGGAAGACGCAAAUCGCUAACUGGUUUAAUAACCGGGGCAAAGGAAGCGAGAACCGACGCCAAGGCCCCGCCAUAGUGAUUGGAUCUGCAGGGCCCAGUCAACGCGCCCUCUCUGAACUGAAUGUCUACUCGAAGCGGUACUACAAUGAAAAAAUAUGUUCUCUCGUGGAAAAAGAACUCGAAAAACAAGGCGGCCCCGCCCACAUUGCUCUUAUCAAUAAAUGUAUCAGUGAGGCAUGGGCCAUGGAGUCCGAAGAUGUCAAAGAGGAGAUUCGCGCAGAGACAAAGAGGUUGAAAGAGUUACUGAAGGAAGAUCGCUCUGGGAAUAGCGAGCAACCGACUCCUCAGGAAUACGCCAAAGCGAUUAUGGAAGCUCCUGGUCAAAUUACAAACUUUCUUCAAGAAAUGUACAAACGCACUGGCUGGUGCUUGAGUCUCCUAGCUGGCGGCCCUGAUCCCUCGCGUCAAGGAAAGAUUCGUACAAUCAGCAUCCAUAUGGGAAAGGACAAAUUCGACCAGUUUUACUCGUGUGCCUAUCCAGACUUUCAGGAAAAUGUUUUGGCUCAGAAGGAUAGAGAUAAUCGCGCCCUCUCUGAAACGGAGCCUAUAGCGAGUAUGAAAACAGAUAAAGGUGGGAUCAUGGACGACUGCGAAGACAAUUCCGGUCCUACCGUUCAAAUCGAGGUUGAAAAACCAACACUGGUAGGAAAUGAAGACGGCCCCAAUUUGAUGGAUCCUGACGGCCGGAAUGAUAUACCAGCUGCGGCGACCGAGGAUACACCAGCUGUAGCGACCGAGGAUACACCAGCUGCAGCGACCGAGGAUACACCAGCUGCAGCGACCGAGGCAACCGUUACCUCCACAAUCAGGACCACGGAGCCAUGUAAUGGUGUUACGCAGACUCCUGCAACUCCUGCAAUAGAAAUACUGGGUCAUGGCCUUGCUAUUGAUGGAAACAAUACCAACGCUCAACAAUGUUCCGACAGUGGCCCAGAUGAUAGCCGCCCAGUGUCUUUGGUAGAUCCCCCAAAUGGAAAAGCGAUGGACGGAGACAAAUUGUAUGCAGAAGAAGACAAGGUGCUUUCGUUCAUGGAAUUGUUGAACGUGGAUGGGGGUUACGACCCAGAAAGAGACCCAUUGCUUCAAAUUUCUAUGAACAAUGUGUUUUUUUCAAACCAUCAGUUUGUGGGCAGUACACAGGAGAACAGAGCAUUUCAAGUACCUAUAACAGCAACGCCAAUGGCCUGGGUUCCGCGUCCCAAAGAUAACACUUCCUUUAAUGUACAAGCACCUGUAAAUUUGUUUCCACCCAUCCCAACGUCGACAAACAAUCCAAAUGGUCACAGUCUGCCUUUUUAUCACCAAGAGGGCCUCAUUACUCCUGUGUAUGCUCCGACGGCUGGAUCUUACCUUUCAGCCCAGCCGGCAGUGAUGACAGAGCAACCGAUUGCUCCAGGUCUUUUCCCAACACUGCAGUCGGCAUUCACACCUCCCUGCGCACCGUAUUUUGUUCAACCAGAAAUGAUGCCAACAAUAUCCAAUCAAAAUUGGGCUCAUUCAAACACUUUGUCGGCAGUAACACCACCUGUGCCUGAGCAACUGGGGUCCUCGACACUGAUGGACCAUUGUGAACCCCAAAAUCUGCCAUCGUUGAGAUUUUCUGAUGCCCUGUCGACGGGCAUGCCAAAUACUGGGUAUACCAACCCUGAUAUAUUCCCCCAGUUUGUCCAAGCGACUCCUAGUCUGUAUGGGUCUGGCCACCACAACGUCACAAUACCCCAGAUAGUUCAAGCACAUGUAGGUGUCAGUGCCUCUGGCGUUGCACAGGAAUCGAGAACGUCAUCACCCACUAGCCAGCUAGAUCUCAGGGCCUCAAUGCACUCCCCGCAAUCACGCCCAUCUGCUUCUGAGAAACAAGAAAGAAUUCCGGUAACAGGGGGGCAUCCAACACCUCGGGACACAGUAUCCGACAAUACCAACUGUACAACAGCAACAGGGACAAUGAUAGUCCCCACCCCAGCCCUUGAAUCUGUUGCUCAUGCUUCGCAAACCCCUGUCUUGAACGAAAUGAAUGCUGAAAUGCAGCACGUCGUCGGGGAUGGUGGCCGUCGAGCUCGCAAGGCCGCAAGUUCAAGGAAUGUCCCUAUGCAGCAAAUGUGGAGAACAGCAGCAUUUGAGCACCUUAUGAUGCCUGAGAUAGAUACGGAGAAAUGGAAAUCAUGUGUAAAGGCAUGGGUUGCAUUUGAGGAUUCGCAAUGCAAUGCCAUCGAAACCAGUUCGCUCCGAUUCCCAGCUGCGAUGAGGCCAGCGGUCCUGACCAAAUGGUUAUCGACUCGUAAGUACGGGAAUGUCCCUGAUAUUGGAGCCAAAUUUGGGGAUGAGUGGGUAAUGUGGUGGAAUAACAGUCAGCCUAAAUGGAGGCAGAGCUCGGAGGCUGGUAAGCUUCCACGAUGUCUGUCUAUUGCAGGAGGGAAAGACAGCAUCAACAUGUUGAAGAAAGGAGGUCCAAAUGGAUUGGUAACGGUGAUGAUUGGGUUGAGGUGGUGGGCAAAACAGCGACACUCCGACCCUAGAUGGGAAGAAGCCGUUGAAGACAUCCUUGCUGUAUUCCAAGCAUUCCAAGGAGGCGGUAAAGUGACUAAAAAGCGUAAGGGGGACGAGGAAAACAUCGAGGCAAAGCCGAAAGUGAAAAGGAGGAAGACAUGA